AUGAUCUUCGCUCACAUUCUGGGUCUGUCGCUCUUAGGGUCAGUAAAUGCUGCUACACUCGGGAAACGCUUCUCUAGUGCAGAUUUUGCAAUUGGUGAAACGGACCCACACGUAAGCAGUGAAUGUACCUACUGGGCGAACUCGAUCAAGUCGACCGACACUUGUGCUGCGCUAGAGCGCUAUUAUGGCAUCAGUAAUGCGCAUCUUAACCCAUCCCUGCAAGCGACUGACUACACCCUGAGUGAGGGAUGGAGUUGUUGCGUGGAGGCUUCCGCAAUUGCGACCACCACCAAGACGACCACCUCCGAGAAGACCACCACCACUACGAAGGCCCCAGCAACUACCCCCUCGAAUUUUACAACUGCAAGUGCCACUAAGACUACGGUAGGAGGUCCAUCUCCCACUCAGACUGGGUUGAUCUCCUCGUGCAAUGCAUUCUAUUACGUCCAAAAGGAUGAUUCCUGCUGGGCUAUUGCUGUUAAAACCAACUGCUCCGGACUUCAACUAAACUACUAUGUCUGCGUUGGCGCUGUCGGUUCCACUGCUCCAAUUAUCACCUCGAAGACAGCGACGGCGUCACCAACAACCACAACUGCACCCCACUCACCUCAGCAAAGUGGAAUUUCUUCUGAUUGUAUGCUACCUACCUUCUUAUACAUAUCUCAUACAUGCUUUGCCUUACUCAAGAUCCCAAUUGAUCAUACCCCAGGUAACAACUACUACUUCGUAGAAGCCGGCGACGAGUGUGCCUUCAUAGCAGCCAAGCACGGCAUCGCACUUAGAUCAACAUGCGGCAGUCUCCAGGCAGGCUAUUGGGUCUGCAUUGGUGUCUCUGCAACCACUGCAAAGACCACCACCGGCACAGCCCCCGCCAGCACUGGACUCUCUCCUACGCAGUCCGGCAUCGUCACCGACUGCUCAGCCUACUAUCAGGCCCAGGGAGGCGACGACAGCUGGUCGAUUGUAAAUAAGAAAUAUUCCUACCUCACAGCAGCCAAAUUCUACGAGUGGAAUCCAGCCAUCGGCACAAGUUGCAGUAAUCUGCAAACUGGGUACUACUAUUGCGUUGCGACUAAGAACAAAGGACCAAUGCCGAACGCCAUCAGCACAUGCGCCAAAUGGCAUCUUGUGGCUUAUGCGAUUACCUCAACGCAGUUCGGUAGCUGGAACCCGUAUGUGGGAUCUUCCUGUGCGACUCUGUGGCAAGGAUAUUAUGUCUGUGUUGGCGUUUAA